AUGCCCUCCACUCUCCACCAGGACAUGAAGAUCAACUCCUCGGAGCAGCUCAGUCUCUGGCUGAACAGCAGCACAUGGCCGCCCAUCAGAUCUUCAGGCAUAGGGAUGUCCUGCUUCAUUAUGACAUUCGGUGCCAUCUCCAACCUCGCCGCUCUUUGCGUCCUGACCAGAUCCCGCCUCCGAUUCCACCGCCAAUCCAAAGCGCCGUUCCUGCUGUUGACGAUGGCCUUGCUAGCCGCUGACCUGGGAGGUCAUGUGAUCCCAGGAGCCUUUGCUCUGUACUUACACAUGGAGCAGCCGUAUAAGAUGCAAGCCCAGAAGCCCACCACAUUCUGUCUGGUCUUUGGGGCGAGUAUGGUGUUUUUUGGUUUAUGCCCUUUGCUGUUUGGUGGUGCGAUGGCGGUGGAGCGCUGCGUGGCCAUCACUCAGCCGUUUUUCCAUGCUGCUGUGAUUACAGUGACUCAUGUACGACUUGUUGUGUUUUUUCUGUCUUCUCUUGCAUUCAUGCUGGCAGUUCUACCUUUUUUUGCCAUAGGGACUUACACUACCCAGUUUCCUGGAACAUGGUGUUUCUUACCCAUCCAUCAACCCCAAUCUACACCUGACACCUAUUUGGCUUUGGCCUUCUCAUGUCUGGGCCUCACGGCGCUCGCUCUUUCCCUGCUCUGCAACAUCCUGAGUGCUGUGGCAUUGCUGCAGGCCAGAAUAAACCCCCGCAACACCAAUACGACAAUAUCAACAGGUCGCUGCACACGUCGUCCAUCUUCCGCAUCAACUUCCUCCUUCUUCUGCACAUUGGACGUAGAGAUGAUGGCUCAACUGGCGGUGCUCACUGUGGUUUCCUGUGUGUGCUGGAGCCCCUUUCUUGUCCAUAUUCUUGUGAUGCAGAUCAACAAAAGCCCCAGACCCUCCGACAGUGAUCCAGAUGGAUUCACUCUCCUGGGUUUACGUAUGGCUUCCUGGAACCAGAUCUUGGACCCUUGGGUUUACAUCUUGCUGAGGAGAGCGGUGCUUUUCAGAGUUUUCUGUUUCGACACUCAGAGGCGGUUAGAGACGGCCGAUAGUUCCUACGCAGACGGACGCAGGCAAACCUUCAGUCUAAAAUGA